CUGACGAUUGCAAGCGACAAGAAACCGUCGAAAAUCAGGAACGCGGGACACACACUGUGGUUCCAGGAAAAGGGCCAGCGAACUGUGCAGGUGUGUACCAGGGACUGGAUACUGAUACCUGCUAGCGACCCUACAAGAGGAGUCUCCAAUGAACGCUUGCCCAGACAACAUUUCUAUUUCCUUUUCUAUUUAAUAAGAGAAACCCUCAGGAUGUACCCUCCGCUUCCACUUUUGACAAGAGAAAGUGCCGAAGACUACAAAAUACCUGGUCAAGACUUUAUCUUAGAAAAAGGCACCAUGGUCUUUAUACCUGCAUCAGGUAUACACUAUGACGAAGACCACUACAAGAAUCCCAAAGUUUUUGACCCCGACAGGUUCAGUGCGGAGAACAAAAAGGCCAGGCAUCCCUACGCCCAUCUGCCGUUUGGGGAAGGACCCAGAGUGUGUAUUGGUGAAAGAUUUGGGAUUCUACAAUCUAAAGUCGGUCUGACAUCCAUUUUGAAGGACUUUAAAGUUACUUUAAGCGAGAAGACUAAAUUGCCUUUGAAAAUGAAUCCACACGAAAAGUUUACCUCUCCCAUUGGAGGUAUUUGGUUGAAGAUCGAGAAGGUUUAAAUAGAUACAAGUUGACCAAAUCCAUCCUGUCCGACAGAUGCGCAGAAGAAGGGAGUCUACCUAGGAGAGACGAAGACAAGAGCAAGUGUCACGCACAUCUGAUGCUCGAUGAAUUCGGUCAAGCUAUACCAUUUCCGUCAUAUUGAUAUAUUAUUGCAUAUUUUAUUUCAAAUAGAUACAUAAAUAAAGUGAUACAAGUAC